UGGGGGCUUUCAGAAGACCAGCCGGGUCCGGCCACCUGGAAGGGUAGGCAGAAGAGGGUGCCCUGUCCUGGCUCCUCAGCCACCUCAUGGAAGAGCCUGACACGUCCUGCUCCGAAGGCCUGUGCCGUCCUUGUCAACCAGGAUGGCCUGGAAACCGGGUGCCUGCGCCUUUGAGGCUGGAGUGCUGGAGCCCUGGGUGGCACCUCGGGGGUGGGGAGGCUUCAGUCUCUCCCUGCCUUCAGAGGCUGGCCUCUUGCUCAGGACUUUGAGGGGAAGCUAGCUGUGACCCCAGGCUCCCGUGUGCCUGCCGGCACUGCCACUCCCAGCCGUAUGUCACCUGGAGCCCAGCUUCUCAUCUGUGAAAUGGACGUAGUAGGGGCUCCGGUGAUUGGCUGAGACCUCUGUGUAAAGCGCUCCCUGUUCCCUCCGGAGUGCGCAGUCCUGCUUCAGAGCCUUUGCCUGUGCUGUUCCUUCUUCCCGGGACAAUCUUCUGCCUGAUAUCCCCAGCGCUCGCUCCUGUCCUUCCUUCAAGGCCUUGGUCAGAUGCCCCCUUCUUGGAGACACCUUCCCAGACCAUCCUUUUAAAACUAGCAGUGUCCCAACACCCUUUACUCCUAUUCAUCCUUUGGAUGAAUUUUUUUCCAUAGCAUUUAUCAAACUCCUGACAUGACUGUGUAUGCACACAGGUUAGUAUACACAUGUACAUUUCCUCUGAAUUUUUCUCCAUAGCAUUUAUCAACUCCUGUGUAUGCACACAGGUUAGUAUACGCAUGUACAUUUCCUCUGAAUUUUUCUCCAUUGCAUUUAUCAACUCCUGUGUAUGCACACAGGUUAGUAUACGCAUGUACAUUUCCUCUGAAUUUUUCUCCAUUGCAUUUAUCAACUCCUGUGUAUGCACACAGGUUAGUAUACACAUGUACAUUUCCUCUGAAUUUUUCUCCAUAGCAUUUAUCAACUCCUGACAUGAGCUUAUUUCUUUGUUUUUGUCACGCCCACUAAAAAGUAAGUACCAAGAGGCAGAAGCUUUUCCUGUCUCCCUCCCUUCUGUAUCCCCAGAGACUAGAAAAGGGGCCAACCCAUAGAAGGCCCUUGAUAAAUAUUUAUUAACUGGGGAAUGAAGCAAAUGAGCCAAUAUUUACUGAGCACCUGUCAUACACUGGUUAACUAGGUAAACUGCAGCCCUACCUUUAAGAAGCUCGUAUUCUAGUGGGAGGAAGGGGCGAGAAAAUGUAACACUGCUUCUGCAGUAAAGGCCAUAAAGCAAAAGUAUGCAGUGCUGUGCCGAGACUGCGGCAGGGUGCUGACCUAGUCCGGGGGAUGGGGAUGGCUCCCCUGCCCAAGCAAGGAUUGGGCUGAGGUCCAAAGGAUGAAUAGGGGCAGCCAGAUAAAGAGGGCAGGGAAAAGAGGCCUACCCAGCAGAGGGACUGGCAUGCGCAAAGACCCUGGGAGAGAAGGACUGUGUGAGGCUUGGCAGAGGUGGCUGCGUGGAGGAACAUGGGAGGAGAUGAGACUGGACUGUCGGCAAGCCAGGUGGCUGCAGAGCUCGCCACGGAGUUUGUUCUUACCCACAGAGCCGUGGGAGCCACUGAUGCGUGUGGCAAGAUGAUUACUGUAGCUCCAGGCAUCACAUCCACGUUCCAGGCCAAAGGAAGGAGAAGAAAGUUGGAGUUUAGGGGGAGCUUCAUUGACAUUUUUCCUUUUAUCAGGAAGGCUGAGAUGCAAGUUCAAGACCAGAGACUCCUGCUCACACUGAGGCAUCUUCACAGUGUCCUGCAGGAGCUGCGCACUGAGAGUGCCCCCUGGGAGGACGCCACGUCCAGCAGAGGGACGUCCCCGAUCAGAGCUCGAGCAGGCUCGGAAAGCAGGGGCCGCCCCCCCAUCUCCUCCCAGGGGCUCGCCCAGCUCCUCCAAGGGACAGACAGCAGACGAAGCUCCCUCCCUUAACUGGUCAGGCCUGACCCCGGUGCUUGAACCCUCCCACCACCUGUCCAAACUUUGUGAUGUUGCUGGGGGAGAGCACUACAAUGGGAGUCAGGGAGCCAGGGCUCUGGGUUCUUCUCCGCCCUCAUCCGCGGCGUGUCCCUAAACCCGUCACUCGACUCCUUUUCUGCUGUUCCUCAGGGUUUUUGGUGAGGCACAAAUAAGAUAUCAGAUGCGGACAUACUUCUUCAACACUGGCCUCUGGCCAGUGCCAUGACAGCAAUCCUGCCCUCCGGCAUUUCCCUCCAGGAGAUCGUCAGGACAAAGAACUCAGUGUGCGCCCAGGAUGUUUCGCGUUGCUAUGGUGAAAAACAGAUUCCCCCGCCCCCCUCAGAGUGACUCCGCAAUUCUUCUCUGUCUUCCCCGCACACCUGCCCUUUCCUCUGUCUGAAAGCCAUAGGCCACCACGCUGGCGGAGGGAUAACCAUGUGACCAGGCCUGGCCAAUAAUAACUCACGAUCACCCUAACAACAUGAUUGGCCCAAUAGGGGACCACGUGACUCAACAGAGCAGCCAAUCACGGCCCUUCUCUGGGAUCCCUCUCUGGAUUGUCUUGCCGCUGGAGUUGCAAAGCGGGGGACAGCCAAGGGCCACGUGCCCUGCCAGGUGAAGGACACCUGAGCGCAGUAGGAAAGGAAGAGAGGUAGAGGGAGGGCCACAGAGCUGUGCAGAGAGGAAGGUGCUAGCUCCUUUUAGUCCCUGGUUUCAGGCCCUAGUUUUGUGAGUUACUCCUGCAUUCUUUCCAUGACAGAAACCAGUAAAUCCCACCACCACCAUCCUCCACCACAUACACCAAUUUGGUUUUGCUUAAGCUGACUUGAGGAGGGUUUCCCUCCCGGGCAACCGACACGAUCCUGAGGAACGCAAUCCAGAUGUUCCAAGAAGCAAAGAGGAAUGCUGAAGAAAAGGGCAUUUCGCUCACUCAGGGUUGGCAACAGCCAGCCCUGCGGCCGCAGACCGAGGUCUGUGAUGUGGCAGAACGCUCUGUUGUACGGGGUGCUGGCCUCAUCACUUUGACAGAUUAUAUCUGCCUAUAAGAAAGACUUUAAAUAAGACAGCGGAAAAUUUAAAAGUCCUCAUGUUGAGAUGGCCCAAUUCUCGGGGCGCC